AUCACUUGGAGUGUCCACUUGAGUGAAGACAUUUCAAGAACCCUUAAAAAAGUAAGUAAUGAUGAACGUGAAGAUGCGCUUGUGCUCACUGCUGCGUAUGAUGAUGCCCUGCGUUGGCUUUGCGUUGAUCUGCAUGGGCGCCUACCUACUGUCCCUGGAGGCCGGCUAUGUGGACUCAGAGGCACUCGUCCUGGCUUACGUCCUGGUGACGCUUGGCUUCCUGGCCAUCUUUGUAGGUGUUAUCUGGAGCGUCUACCACCGCAUGAAGAGCAAGAUGUAUCGGAGGAGACGUCUACAACACAACAUACAAGUAUACACCAUUGACAGUAACGUGAGAAGACCCAGUUCUUUCCCUCCAUCCUAUGAGGAGUCUCAGUGGAGCCACCAGAGUCCACAUCCAGUGCAAGAACUGGUCCUGGAUGACGUGCAGGUGGUCCUGAGCUUGGCACCUCCACUCUACAGCAAGGACAGCAAUCCGAGUCCAGACUGCACAUGGAGCUGGGAGCAGCCACCUCCUUACAGCCUGCAUCCUGAGGAGAGGAGUGAGGCUUCUUCUGGGAUGUGUGGAUGAGAGCAGGGUCCUCCAAAUGAAGGAAGAGUUCCACACAUACAUGCACCCGAAGCGGGUCAAGGCUGGGCAUCUGCACACUGGUGCUGAGUGACAGUGAUAGAUGGUUACAUGAGGCACACCUAAGGACAGCCAAGACAGCAUCAAACAUACUUUUCACAAGGAACAUUUUAUUUGUGUGCUGACUCGUGUGUCUGUUUUUAUAUUGUUUAUAUAAGAUAAUACAUUUAGGCAUGUUCAUUUCUUCUUUUUUUCUGGCAAAGUUUGAGUGUGCCAAGACAUGUUGGACAGUUGACUA